UCAAAACGCAACAAAAAUAUCACCGCCUCAGCAGUUUUUUUGCCUCCCCUCAUAUUCCUGUGAAAAUUUCUUCCAACCCAUGAUUUCCGCUCGAGAACUGAAGUAAAAGCCCUACCAGUCUCUGGUUGUCGUAGGAAAAAAAAAAAUUAAGCACUAAGAUUUUCAUGCAGUUGAAAUAUGGCACAUGAUACACGAUCUAGUCGGAAAAUCAAGGAUGAUGAGAAUAACAAUUCAAACGGGAGGCAAAUUAGUAGUAAAGGAUUAAGUACUUCAGGUUCUGGAGCAUCAGAUACAUCUGGCUUAAGGAGGUCUUCCAGAGAAACAUCAUUAAAGAAAAACAUAACUCUGAGCCCUUCUAGUACUAGGAAGUCUGAAAGACUUGAGAAAAAAAUGCCUGAAACUCCUCUAUUCAAGAGGAAAUCUGAGAGAUUUGAGAAGAAGUUGACUCCAAGUCCUUUGAGGAGAUCAGAUAGAGCCAAGAAUCACUCAUCAACUUCUUCUGGGUCUAAAAGAUCUGAUAAAAGCUCAGGUUCAUCAAUGGCGAAGCGGAAAACGGAAAAGAAAGAGAAGAGUGUGAAAGAAUUGACAUUGGGUACUAGAGAAGUUAGCAAAAGUGAGAAACAGAAUGUAGGACCUUGUCAUGGAAAAAAUAAGAUAAGAAAUGCUCGAGCUUAUAAGACACUCUUCAUGAAACAUAGAAAGAAGCUUCAAGCACGAGAUCAUAGCGAGAAGCAGAGCAGGCAGAAUAAAGUCUCUCAGGGAGGUAGCAAUGCUUGUGGAAGUGAGGUUGAAGGGCUUGGUAAAGGCGUUGAGGAACUGAAUGAAGAAUUUGUGGGGAGAGUUCAUGAUGGAUCUUUGGUGGGGUCUGAUUCCAGUGUAAAUAAAUUAACAAAAGAAACAUGGGAAGAUAAUCCCGGAGUGGAUUUGUCCCAUUCAAGCCCUAGGCCUAGCUGCUUGGAGGAAGCUUCUGAGUUCAAAUAUGGUGAUGGCUUAGAAAUUCGUGAUCAACGCCCACUGUCAUCAUCUUAUAAUGCCAUGAUGGAAGAGCUCAAUGAUGCACCUGAAAGGGUACAUGUAGAAUGCUCUGCAAUGGAAGAGUUGAAGAUGCCAGAGUUGACAUGUUCUACGUUCAAUGAAAGGGUACAUGUAGAAUGCUCUGCAACGGAAAAGUUGAAGAUGCCAGAGUUGACAUGUUCUAUGUUCGAUGAAAGGUUGCAUGAUGUCUGCAUUGCCUCAAAAAUUGGUCACAGGGUCAUACCUUCAAAGAGGAAAAGGAACGUGGCAGAUGGGGAUUCUGAUUCUCCAGUUAAUGCAAGUAAAGAUGUCUGCACCUUGACUGCUGAUGCUGUCUCUUCGUUGCCAUCUGGGUCCACAGAAGAUGUUUCUGUUGAGACGUGCGGUGCAUGUUUUAAGCGACAAAGGGUAGAAAAUGAUCCGAUGAAUCUGGAGUUUUGCUCUUGCAGCACAAAAUUAAAUCAGGAGUUAUGUGGUGCCUCUGUAACUGAGUUGCAUCCGGAUAGAGGAGAGCUCAUAGCUGAUAGUACCAUGGGAGUUCCUGAAAACCUUAACACUUGUACGCAGCAAAAGGAGUUUUCUGCAGAUCUUCAAACAAAUGGCAACCAAAAUACAUGCCUCAUCUGUUCUCUUGGUGGGAAGCUCCUGUUCUGUGAUGGAAGAGGAUGCAAGAGAAGUUACCACCUUUCUUGUCUAGAUCCUCCUAUGGAUGCUGUUCCUCUUGGAGUUUGGCACUGUUCCAUGUGUGUUAGGAAAAAGAUAGAAUCUGGUAUAUAUUCGGUGUCAGAGGGAAUUGAGUCAAUCUGGGAUGCUAGAGAGGUGGAGGUAUCUGAUGUUGAUGGAUUGUUAAAGAGGAAGGAGUUUUUUGUUAAAUACAAAGGUCUUGCUCAUAUUCACAAUCAAUGGGUACCAGAAAGUAAAUUGCUUCUUGAAGCUCCUACCCUUGUGGGCAAAUUCAACCGAAAUAACCAGGUGACAAGGUGGAAGAAAAAGUGGACUGUUCCACGUCGCUUGCUACAAAAAAGAUUGUUAAUGUCUCCCAAGCAGCAUGACAACUAUCUUAGGGAGCAUACUGGUGAUAAGUUAUUUUGCCAUUAUGAAUGGCUUGUGAAAUGGCAUGGUCUUGAUUAUGAUGAUGCUACUUGGGAGUUAGAGAAUGCUGCAUUCUUGAAUUCACCUGAGGGUCAGGGCCUUAUAAGCGUUUAUGAAAACCGUCAUCAGAGGGCAAAGAAGGCUUCUAUUUCCCCUGAAACGGAUAAGCGUUACCUGCAGAUACUUGAGGGUAAAAACUGUUCAUCAGUUAAAUUAUUCCAACUGCCAGCUGGUGAAAUAUCUGGAUUUGAUAAUACUUGUCUAGACAAUGUUAACAAGCUACGUGAGCUCUGGCACAAGAGUGAGAAUGCUGUUGUUUAUGAUCAGGAACGAAUCGCAAAGGUGGUUGCAUUUAUUCUAUCUUUGCAGUCUGAUGCUCAUCGACCUUUUCUCAUCAUCUCAACUCCUCCUACACUUUGUUGUUGGGAUAAUGAGUUCUUCCAUUUGGCACCAUCUAUCGAUGUUGUGGUUUACAGUGGAAAUAAAGAUUUACGGAGAAGUAUUAGGACAAUAGAUUUUGAUGAGGCUGGUGGUUGUAUGAUGUUUCAAGUACUUGUUACCUCACCAGAGGCUAUUAUUGAGGAUAAAAAUGUGUUCGAGUGCAUACGAUGGGAAACUAUCAUAAUUGAUGAGUGCCAGCGCCCUACAAUCUCUAAACAGCUGGUGCAGAUUAAGAUGCUACGUACACAUAAUUGGCUUCUCCUGGUCAAUGGAAUAUUUAAGGAGAAUAGUGCUGCUGAGUACUUUAGUUUGCUGUCUGUCCUUGACUCUCACGGCGAUUCACAAAAUGGUGAUCAUUUGCUAACCAGUUCUGGUGAUAUUAUUGGUAAACUAAAGGAGAGGUUCUCAAGGUAUAUUGCAUAUGGAGAUAUUAUUGGUAAACCCAAACCUGACUCUUCUAGGUUUAUUGAGUACUGGGUUCCUGUAUGUAUAUCAACUGUCCAGCUAGAGCAAUAUUGCGAAAAUCUACUGUCAAACUCCACGUUGAUUCUCUCAUCAGCAAAAAAAGAUCGUGUUGGAGCACUUGGUGCACUCCAUGAUAUAGUUCUAUCUGCCCGGAAGUGCUGUGAUCAUCCCUACAUUGUGCAUCCACCCUUGCAAACCUUGCUUACUAAAGACCUUCAAGCAGUUGAGUAUUUGGAUGUAGGAGUCAAAGCAAGUGGCAAGCUUUGGCUUCUUGACAUGAUGCUUAAAGAGAUAAAGAAUCGAAGUUUAAGAGUACUCAUCCUUUUCCAGUCAAUCAGUGGUUCAGGAAGUGCUUAUUCUCUUGGAGAUAUUUUGGAUGAUUUCCUGCGUCAAAGGUAUGGUGAAAAUUCCUAUGAACGCGUUGAGUUUGGUGUUCUCCGUUCUAAGAAAGAUGUUGCCAUGAACAUGUUCAACAAUAAGGAGAAUGGUAGAUUUGUGUUCUUAUUGGAGGCUCAUGCCUGUCUUCCCAGCAUCAAACUGUCAUCAGUUGAUACUGUAAUCAUAUUUGGUAGUGACUGGAAUCCACAUAAUGAUAUAAGAGCCCUGCAAAAAAUAUCACUUGAUUCACAAUUUGAGGAAAUAAAAGUAUUUCGUCUAUAUUCAACGUGUACCAUGGAGGAGAAACUUCUAGUUCGUGCAAAGCAGGGGAAGAUUCAUGAUAGCAAUGUACAGAAUAUAAGCAGUAGUAUGCUUCUGUGGGGGGCACCUUACCAAUUUGAUAAAUUAGAUGAGUUCCACUGCUGCAACACCCCAGCCUCCACAGCAAAUAUCUUGCCUGAGGAAUCACUUCUGAAUGAUGUCAUCCGGGAGUUCUUGUCCAUACUUCCUCAGGAUGGCAACAACAAUGUCUUAUGCGAUUUCUCUAUCAUUUCAAAAGUUCAACAAACUGGAGGAGCUUACAGUGCAGAGGUUCCAUUGCUUAAUGAGCUGAAAAGUCAACAUACUGGUGAAGGGCAGCCCCUUAAUUUUUGGACAGAACUGUUGGUAGGAAAGCAUCCUCCAUGGAAAUAUUGUUCUGGUUUGUCUCAGAGGAACCGGAAACGGGCACAACAUCUUGAUGAGUUAUCAAAGAAACCAGAAGUUGGUAGUGAUGAAGUUGUAAAAAAGCGCAAGAAGGUGGUAAAUGGUAAUGACGAUGCACCCUAUCCGAAGCCUGGAUCAGAGGGGAAAUCAGUUCCUGGAUGCAAGGAAGUAUUGUCUGUGGAUAUAAAUGUCUUAGAAAAUCCAGAAAGUAGCAUGUUUGAGUCUGAGGAGAGAAGAAAAUUACAUGAUGCCCAGAAGAGUCUUCAUCAACUUUUGAAGCCAGAGAUAUUAAAACUAUGUGGAAUCCUACAAGUCUCUGAUGCUGUCAAGGUCAUGGUCGAAAAGUUUCUUCAAUAUGUAAUGAGUAAUCACCAUGUUAAUAGAGAACCAGCGACAAUACUGCAGGCAUUUCAGAUAUCUCUGUGCUGGACUGCAGCUUCAUUUCUGAAGCAGAAAGUCGACCACAAAGAAUCUAUUCAACUUGCAAAGAAGCAUCUUAACUUCAAUUGCAAAAAGGAAGAGGCUGACUAUGUUUAUUCAAUGCUGCGGUGCCUGAAAAAAACAUUUUUAUACCGUACAGGGAUGUUUAAGGCUGCAGAAUCUCCAAAGUUGGCUAAAUUAUCAAGUAAAGAUGUUUUGAACAAUUCACAUCCAAAGGUUUCACGGUCAACAACUUCUAACUUUCAGCAGGUCAAAUCAGAUGUUAAAGACUUGUCACUGAAGCAAGAAAAAUUAGCACAAAAAGAUGUCUCUAAAAGUAUUAAAGAUAUUCAGAAAAAGAUCCAGAAGCAAAUAACAAAACUUAUUGAGAAGCAAAUCAAAGAGAGAAGUGAAGUUUUGAGAACUUGCCAGGAAGAAAAGGCGCAUCUAGAAGCAGAAUCUGUUGUUAUUCGGUCUUGUUUCCUAAAUAAUACAUCAAUGAGAACAGAAAAGUUAAAGAUGUUGGAAAAGAAAAUUGAAGAAAAUAAAAACCAGACCAACCUACGUCUUAAGCGUCUUGAGGCAUCACAGCAGGAAGCACAGGAUAAGUUGAAGGAGAUGGGGAAACGAUGGGCAGAGGAAGUGCAAUCCUGGGCUUGUGUUGAAUUGUUAAAUAGAUUGCCUUCAAAUACACCUGAGCCUUGGUUGGAAUGCUCAAGGACUAGUGAAUGUCUUAGAAUUAGUGAAGGUUGCAAAGAUUUUGCCACUUUAAGAGAUCAUGAUAUUGGUUGUGUUGUGCAUAGUAUGACAGAAGGAGUGACAGCACUGUCUCAAACUCCAGAUAGUGGUCCAGAUGAAGCUGAAACAUGUAGUGGUCCCAUUAGAACAGAGAUGACCACAGCUAGGCCACUUGGUGCAAAUGGUGCCUUAAAUAGAACUUCUAGUGAUGAUCAAGAGAACACUGCGUCUGUGAAUCCUUGUCCCAAAGCCGGAAUUACUGAUUGCGCCAAUGGGGAUUUUCUGCUUGAAGUUCAAGAAGUUGUCUGCUGUGAUUCACAGAAAGUUGUCACCUCCAGUCUUCCUUCGUUUGAAGAAUGGAACCACAAUGCUGACACAUUACCCAUUUCUGAUGGGGAGGUCAGAGUGGAAGUUCCCGAAACUCUCUGUUCAACCGAUGGUCAACACGGUUCCCAUCCCUUGAAUCUGUCUUCUGUGCAACGGAAUCCUGAUGAGGCUACAUUAAGCGUGCCUGAGAGAGAGGCUCCAGUGGGAUUGCAUGAGACUGUCAGUUCACUUCGUGGUUUGCAAAAUGUUGUUUCUGUUAGGGCACCUUCAUCUGAACAAAUCCAUGUAGUGAAGGGAGCUAUGCCAGAUAAAGAGGUCGAAUUAGGAGUGCUUGAGACUGUCAGUUCCAGUCAUGAUUUGCAUAACGUUGUCUCUGUGAGUCCACCUUCAUCAGAAGAAGAAAUCCAUGUAGUGAAGGUAACCACACCAGAUAAAGAGGUCGAACUGGGAGUGCUUGAGACUGUCAGUUCGAAUGAUGGCAUAGCAAAUCUUGUCACUGUGCAUCCACCUUCAUCUGGAGAAGAUAUCCAUGAAUAUUCCACAGAACAUGAGACUGUCAGUUCAAGUCAUUGUUCCCAAAAUGUUGUGCCUGUGUGCGUACCUUCAUCUGAAGAGCAAGUCCAUGUAGUGACAGUAACCUUGCCUGAUAAAGAGGUUGAUUUGGCAGUGCUGCAGACUGUUCGUUCAGAUGAUGGACCAGGGAAUCUUGCCUCUGUGAAUCCACCAUCUGAUGAGAAAAUCUCUGAAAAAGCCACUGAAAAAGAGAACAGUGAAGGGUGUGUUAUGGCAUCUGACAGUGCAACAGAGGUCUACCAGCAGAAUGGAGUUGAUACUGCAGUCAAUAGAAGCUCAUAUCAAGAAAUGCCCCUGGUAAAUUCACCUGGAUUGCAGCCUGUGGCCCUGGCUCCUGGUGGUUCAGUGACACAAGAACAGGCACAACAAGACAAAGGUACUCUGUUAGAAACAUCAACUGCCGUACAAGAAGGAGAUGCAGAACCCAGGGAAAAGCAGAAUACUUGCCAACCAAUUGAAAAUCUCGCACCCGAAUCUGUUCCGGUAGUUUCAUCCAAUCUGUCUAAUCAUGAAAUGCCGGACAUUGAGCCUGUAGUACAACAGCCGCUGUUACCAUCCUCUAAUACACCUGAUCAUAGUGCUCCUGAGUUAUCUUCAGCUGGUGGAGUUGAAAUUCAGCCAAGUCCUGAAAACCGGACCUUUAACCAAGGUGCUCAUGCUCCAAUGCCACUCGUUGAAAACCUUCUUGAUCUUUCAAAUCAGACCGUUUCUCGGUCUGUGGCAUGGUCUACUAGCGGAUUUGGAAUGCCGUUUUCAGACACAAGAACUACACCUGUUAGUUCUGCACUUAAUAGUCGUUCUAUAAAUGCUGCACCACAGGGAGCAUCUCGAACGCCUCUGCCUGUAUACCAUGACCCGCUUCAAAAUGAAUUGGAAAGAUUAAAUAAACAAACAGAUCAUAUCGUUAAGUCUCACGAAGAUACGAAGCUGCGCCUGAAAACUGAUUGCGACAAGGAGAUAGAGGAGGCUGUUGCUGAAAUUCGUCGAAAGUAUGAGAUUAGAUUUCAGGAGAUUGAGGCGGAAUUUCUCCUUAAAAAGAAGGAAUUGGAUUCAAUUCACAACAAAGUUUUGAUGAAUAAGAUUUUGGCCGAGGCUUUCAGGUCUAAAUGCAUGGAUCUUAGGGCAUCAGGUGCAUCUGGAGCACAGCAAGAUGGGAUUUCCAGUUUCUCCCAGCAGCUGGUCCAUCUAUCUAUGCAAGAUGCACAAAGAUAUUCUCCCGUUGCCAGUUCAUCUUUGGCCAGCCCUCCUGCAGUUGGCCUGCAGACUUCUAUUGCACCAUUACCCAGCCCGCAGACAACCGCUCCUGCACCUUUAUCCAAUCCAAAUUGUACAGCUCCACCUAUGCAGACUGUUCCUCUUGCACCUGCUCUUUUGCCGAGCAUUCCAACAAGACCCCCCCACAUCAGUUCCAUCUCUUCCCCAGGAAUCCCCCAAGGUGCAGGUGAGAUUCGUGCUCCAGCCCCGCAUCUUCAACCUUUUAGACCUUCAACAUCCAUGUCAAACCAGCAGUUACAUAGCAACCUCCUUGCAACAUCUCCUUCUUAUACUCAUAUUCCACGCCUACCACCCCCCACACAGCAAUCUGUUCCUCAUAAUAGGGCCCACCAUCCUGAAAGUGCGGGAGGAGAUUUGGCAGCUCUUCGUAGUUUGUCUGCAUUGGGGUUGCUUAUGAAUAUGAACAGUCGGGCUGGUGCAAAUCCACCAGGUAGUUUGCCCUCACAACCAACUUUGGUCUCGAACCACCAGUCAAGCCUUUCUGAACCCCCCAAUACGAGUGGUGCGUGUGUAAACCCAGUACAUACAAGUGGAUCCACUGACAUAGUUUGUUUAUCGGAUGAUGACUAACCAGUUACAAGAUUUGGGUUCUCAAUUUUUUUAACAUCGUUUUACAAUGUGUCAUUGCUGCUCUGAGUUAUGGAGUGGGGUUGUGACAUGGCCUAGGAGAAGCAGCAGUUGUAAUGCUCUCCUUGCUGUUAGGACUUUCUAGGUGUAUAUUAUUAGAUGUCUUAUGUUCUAACUAUUGUAAUGUAAAUUCAAAUUCUUUUGUUCGUACUCGUAUGUUUUGCCACGACUUGGACGUUGCCCGUGUAACUAUCAGAGCAUGCAAUUUCCAGAAUGAUUGGCGUUCAAAAGCACAAAAAGAAAAAUAUAUGAACUAAAGGGGAAAAAAGU